AUGUCAACCCAAAUGAACUAUGCCGCCCUUAUCAAAGACCAUGUUUUGACCGGCCCUAAUUAUGUUGACUGGAGGAGGAACAUCAGGUUAGUCCUGUCUGCGGAAGGUCUAAUGUCUGUCCUGGACGAAGAUGAGCCUGAAUUCCCUAAUGAGGAGAACCCUGAUUCUAAGCCUGCCUAUGAGUUGUUUCGACAGAAAAACUCUAAGGCAAAACUCCUUGUGUUGAGUUCUCUGGAGAAGACCAUCGUUGAUUCGGUCAAGGAUCUGUACUUGACCAAGGACAUGAUGGAGGAGUUGAAGGAGAUGUAUGGGAGGGAAGAACGCCAUGCCCAUCAUCAACUGGUGACACUCCUCCAUUGCACGAAGAUGGCUCAAGGUACUCUGGUUAUUGAACAUGUCAUGAAAAUGAGGAGCUUGUUCCUGGAUCUGGAGAACCUUGGGACAUCAUUCAAGCUAAAUUAUAAGACGGAUGUCAUCUUCCACUCAUUGCCUCAGGACAUCUACGGAUCGUUUAUUGUCAAUUACAACAUGAAUAAACUUUUUGUGGAACUCCCUGAGCUGGGCAACAUGUUGCAAGAGGUGGAAGCUGCAUUUAAGAAGCAGAAAGUGGAGAUGGAUGUACAGACCACUUUCCUUAACGGUUAUCUUGAUGAGGUCAUAUACAUGAAUCAGCCAGAGGAUUUUGUCUCCCCAGGAGAGGAAAAUAAGUUUGCACAAGUUCGAUAA